GUUUCCAAUGUAUCACAUACCCGAUACGGGAUCCAUUGUGAGUUCAAUUGAGUCUUGUGUCGAUCGUGCUGUCAUGCAAAUGGGUAAACCGAAUCCAUUAAUAUGUGAAGGUCUUAUCAAUGCUGGAGUGUUGAAAACAGAACGCACUUUAAUGAUUGGAGAUUGUUGCAAGAUUGAUGUAACAUUCGGAAAAAACUGUGGUUUCCAAACAUUACUUGUUGGUACUGGAAGUUAUCAGCUAGAAAAACUACAUAACAUAUAUCCAAAUAUAGAAGACUACAGAAAAUACAUUCCAGAUACUUAUUUACCAGCUCUCGGAGAUCUAUUAACAUUUUUAUAAUUAUUUGAAAAAUUUAUUAUAAUAAUUAAUUAACUUUUAUUAAAUACUUUCUUAUUAAAUAAUGUGUUUAACAACAUUUGUUCAGUUUGCAUUUAACUUGAGUUCUUAAUCAAUUACAUAUUUUGUAGGCAAAGGGGAAAUAAGAUGAUAGGGAAGAGAGAUAUGUUUUAGGUUAUGAUUAAAAGAUAUUUAUAUAUAAUAGUUUCAGUUUUCUGUGUAUAAAAGAAUAAUUUGUUAUAAAAAUAAA